ACAUUAAUGAACCAUGUGGACAAUUUGCGUGGCGGGGAACCAUCAGCCCAGUCAUCACAAACCCCGCUCGUUCUCUACCCUCAAGCCGCCACCAUGGCCGUCGGAAAGAACAAGGGGCUGAACAAAUCCGGCAAAAAGGGAUCCAAGAAGAAGGUCAUUGACCCCUUCACCCGCAAGGACUGGUAUGAUGUCAAGUCCCCCGCGCUGUUCUUUAACCGGAAUGUCGGCAAGACCCUGGUGAACCGCACUCAGGGAACCAAGAUCGCCUCGGAGGGCCUCAAGAACCGAGUGUUUGAGGUGUCCCUGGCUGACCUGCAGAACGAGACAGAUGCUGAGAGGAGUUUCCGCAAGUUCCGUCUCAUUGCCGAAGAGGUGCAGGGCAAGAAUGUGCUAUGCAACUUCCACGGCUUCAACCUGACCACUGACAAAUUGCGCUCCAUGGUCAAGAAGUGGCAGACAUGCAUCGAAGCCAACGCUGAUGUCAAGACCACCGACGGUUACAUCCUGCGUGUCUUCUGCAUCGGCUUCACAGAGAAAGUGUCCAGCCAGACCCGCAAGACGGCUUAUGCACAGCACACGCAGGUCAAAAAUAUCCGCAAGAAGAUGGUGGACAUCAUCACCCGCGCCGUGGCCAGCAGCGAACUGAAGGAGGUGGUCAACAAGCUCAUCCCCGACUCCAUGGCUGAUGAUAUUCGUAAAGCGUGCAACCUCAUCUAUCCCCUGAAGGAGGUGCACAUUCGUAAGGUGAAGGUACUGAAUCAACCAUUACUUCAUUAAAAUAACACCCAUUUCUUCACCCCCUUCAUAUCUACAGGUGAAGGUGCUGAAUCAAUUAUCACUUCAUUAAAAUAACACCCAUUUCUUCAUCUCACCAUUCCUUUAACACACCCCCCUUCAUAUCUACAGGUGAAGGUGCUGAAGAAGCCUCGUUUUGACCUGGGCAAGCUGCUGGAAAUGCAUGGCGAGAGUGGUAAGU